GUGCAGAGGUUCACACACACUGACACAUACAGAGAGAGAGAGAGAGACACACACACACACACACACAUACUAAAUCACACAGGCACACACACACACACUCACUCACACUGACGUAGUUGUUUUGUGAUGAACAGGUGUCCUCCUGUCUCACAAACCUUCAGUAAUGCUCUUACUUAUCUUGAUCCAACUGUGGACUUAGGAGGAAAGGAAGGAGAGAAGGAAGACAAGAGAGAGACACACCACUCAAAGGAUCAGGAGAAAAAGAAUGGGAUAGAGAAAGAGAGCGAGAUCAACAAUCUCACUGUUCAGGAGGCGAGAAAGAGAGAAACAAGGGAAAAGUGAGAUAGACAGUGUAUCCAGGCAUGUGGAGAGACAGACUGACUAGAGGACUGGCUCUGCGCCUGUGUCUUCUCCUCACUGCUCUCUGUGUCUGUCUACAUGUUUACCUGGAACUGGGGGAAAGGAGGGGGGCACCUUCGCCCCUCACCUUGGGACGUCCCACACAGACCAGCCAGGUGCUACUGGACAGCGGGGAAAGGAAACUGGGGGCUGCAGACCCCACAGAGAGCCGGGUUGGGGACAGAGCUGUGAAGAGAAGGGUGUCCUACAGAAGCACGCCGAAGAAGGACUCUGUAGCAGGGAAGACAGUGGGCGGGGAGGACCCCUCCACAUGCUGCCCACCUCUACGCCCGAACAGAAAGUCUGCCAGGUGGCACAUAGAACUGGAGCCGUGGGCCAGUGACAACCACUCCCUGGAGGAGGAAGCACGGAGGUUCCUCAGCUACAUCACUACACCACAGGAGUUUUGUGCCCCCCCUUCCCCAGAGAGCCCCGUGGUACAGGGAGGUCAGGAGGGGCCAGAGGGGCGCUGGGCAGUGUGUUUGGACAGCAGGUUCAGCCUGGCACAACGGAUACACAUCCAACACUGCCGGGUCUACUCUCUAGGGUUGGGUAUGGAGGAUAAGACUGUGGAGCGCUCUCUGGCCAGGGCGGGCUGUGAGGUGCACUGUUUUGACCCCAGCCUUAGGCAGGCCCACCUACAGGAGUCAGACAUGUGGCUCCAUCGUCUCUCCGUAGACUGGAGGGACCCCAACCCAGCCAUCCCCGCCCAACGACAGCACAGCAACACCAAGAAACUGGCCACCAUUCUCAAUGACUUUGGACACAGACAGGUGGAUGUUCUGAAGGCAGACAUGGAGAGUGCGGAGUGGAAGAUUCUAGAGAACCUGGUUCUAGAAGGGGUUCUGAGCUCUGUGGGUCAGCUACUACUAGAAAUCCACCUCCACUGGGCGGGCUUCGAGGUGGGCGGGGACGACCCAUCUGUGGUGCGCUAUUGGUUCAGCCUACUGAAGGAGCUGGAGCGUGCUCACUUCCGCCUGUUCCAUUACCAUAGCGAUCCAGCAAAGCCCCGCCUCUUCCUGCACCGGAACAUUCUGAACGCCUCCAGUGCCUAUACACUGGGCUGGGUCAAUACCCAGUGGAGGCCCUGAGAGCUGACUGACUGAUGGACAGGGCUCUGGCCAAUGAGAAGGGGAGAUCUGGGAAAUAUAGUUCAGCUACGAUGGGAAAGUCAAUCCCAUGGGAUGUUUCACUUUGGUUAGCGUGAUGAAUCUGGUAUUGGUCAGAAAUAAAUAUCCAAAGUACUGUA